UGGAGUCAAACCAAAUGAGAUUGUUGUGUCAAUUUGUAAUGUCAUGUUGGAUGUUGAGCAUAUUGUUAGCUAGAAAACCCCGCGUGUGCAUGGGACCCAAUUUGUUUCAUAUCAUUCCAUAACGUUGACGUGCCCACUCUCCCACACUUCACAAAACCUAAUGACCGUUUUACCCACCAUGAUUUCUAGAACACUCUAAAAUCAAGCGAGGGCAUUAUGGUCAUAAUGAACCAAGUAUCUCCCUCCCAGAAAGGCACGUCCUCAGUUCUUCACCCUUUCACCUACGUUUCAAUUUUUCCAAUUCACACUCAAUCCUCUCCAAUUCCCAAUCCUAAAUCCCUAAUUUCUUGAAGGCUAGAUAUUCCAUUCGCAUUACGUAGUGGCUUCUCCAAUCGCCAUUCCCAGCUGGAAGCUCCUUUCUAGAAAGGAAGAAGAAGAAGAAGAAGGAGGAGGAGGAGGAGGAGGCAUGGAUUCGUCGAGACUGAGCAGAACGGUGAGGAGGAGGUUUGCUCGGAGGCCAGCUCAGGCGCCGGCGAAUCUCUUGGAGUCGAUCGUGACGCUCUCGGAGACUUUGAGGUUCACGUACUCGGAGACUCUCGGAAAGUGGCCCAUCGGAGACUUGGCGUUCGGCAUCAACUACUUCAUGCGCAAGCAGGGUAAUGUAGUAGUCGCGAGUGUAUACGGAGGGAGUGGUUGUGUGGAAUUGAAAGGGCGUGAGAUAGUUGGGGAGCUGCGUGAGCUGUUGAGGUUGCUGACAAUGUGCAUGCUCUUCUCAAAGAAGCCGUUUCCGGUGUUCUUAGAUUCCGCCGGAUUCUCCCCGGAGCAUGUUCUCCUUCAGAAGCCCAAAGCUGGGCUUCUGAAGCCUGCUUUCACAAUUAUACGGGAUACACAAUCAAAAUGUUUUCUUCUAUUGAUCCGGGGAACUCAUAGCAUAAAAGAUACUCUAACAGCUGCAAUGGGUGCUGUCGUCCCUUUCCACCACUCUGUUUUAAAUGAUGGUGGGGUGAGCAACUUGGUUUUAGGAUAUGCACACUGUGGUAUGGUGGCUGCAGCUCGUUGGAUUGCAAAGCUCUGCACUCCGACAUUGCAUAAGGCUCUUGGUGAAUGUGCUGACUUUAAAGUCAAGAUUGUUGGGCACUCACUUGGUGGUGGUACUGCUGCACUGUUAACUUAUAUUCUUAGAGAACAAAAAGAGUUCUCUUCAAGCACAUGCGUCACAUUUGCCCCAGCUGCCUGUAUGACAUGGGAAUUAGCUGAAUCAGGGAAGCACUUUAUCACCACUGUUAUAAAUGGUUCAGAUCUAGUGCCUACGUUCUCAACUUCCUCUGUCGAUGAUCUUCGUUCUGAGGUCACAGCAUCAUCAUGGUUGAAUGAUUUACGAGAUCAAGUUGAGCAUACAAAGGUCCUGAAUGUUGUCUACCGCUCUGCAACUGCACUUGGAUCCCGGUUGCCAUCUAUAUCUAGCGCUAAAGCAAGAGUAGCUGAUGCAGGAGCGCUUUUGAAGCCAGUAACCAGUAGCACCCAGGUUGUGAUGAAGCGUGCACAAAGUGUUGCUGAAGCUGUAGUCAGAACUCGCUCAUCAUUGUCAUCAUGGUCCUGCAUGAGUGCACGUCGUCGGAGUGUUGGCCCACUACCAAACUCCAAACUGGAGAACUCAGCAGAAACUUCUGUAGUAGCCAAGAGAACUGCGGAAUCUCUUUUUACUGAAGAGGUAGUUAGAGAUCAUAUGCUUAGUAAUGAUGAACCUAGUUCAUCAAGUGGAGGAUCUGUCCACGAUGACACGGAUGAAGAGGAAAAACUCCUCCCUGCUAAUCAGUACGUUACCACUUCCACUGUGGAUGGCAUCACUGAAGGCGAAUUAUGGUCCCAACUGGAGCAGGAGCUCCAGCAGAAGGACAAUAUCACCGAGAUUCAGGCUCGGGAAGAAGAGGCAGCCGCAGCAAAAGAAAUAAUCGAAGAAGAGAAUCAGUUUGUUGAUGCAGCAGAAAGCAGUAAUUCGAUCACAUCCGACAACUUGGAUAACCAACGAUUUUAUCCCCCAGGAAGAAUCAUGCAUAUUGUCCCUGUACCUUCAUCUGGUGAUUCUAAUUCAAAUUCCAAUGGACCCGUUGAGGAGCGGGUCUGCUUAUAUGAAACACCCAGAGAGCUAUAUAGCAAGCUCAGGCUUUCAAAAACGAUGAUAAAUGAUCAUUACAUGCCCAUGUAUAAGAGGAUGAUGGAACUACUAAUUCGAGAACUAGAGAAAGAUAGUAGCUUUGACGUGAUAAUGUGAAAUACAAUUGCAAAUACAAUACUACAGAACAAAUAUGGCCACAAAGGAUGUUAAUGAUUGCGGAAUGCCUAAUUAUAUAAUAAUUUAUUGAUCUAACCUUCAAUGUCUAA